CUGUCAAAAUAUGUAUGUCAUUGUGUUAUUGUGCGAUUUGUUUAUCAGUAAUUUUUGUUCGAUUGGCACAAUUUAUAAAGAAUUUUCUGGUUUCUCAGCAAAUAUUUAAUUAAAAAUGGCGCGUUCAACAAACUUUUUAGAUGCGGAUGGAAGUUUAAUGGAAAAAAAUCUGAAAUUUGUGAAGAAUGAAAUAGAAGACGAGCUAAAUCAAUUCUUCUCCGGUGCACAAACCGCUGGUGUAACAAACGAGUCGCUGGCGCCUCCACGUGAAUAUAAAAUUGUACAACCAAAAUCAGGCAUCUGCAUCAAAAGCUUCAAGACCAAUACGGAUGAGAAAUUCUUCAUCAAUGUUUGCCAAAGUGAGGAGAUACCGCCACCGGAAGACAUCACUGAAGAGCAAUUGGCUGACAUUUUGCAAUCGGAAGCGCCAAGCUCAUUCCGUAUACCCAUGAGCAUAUCCGAUCCACGCAUAACUAAGGAUAAGUCCAAUAAUUCCGUUGAUGUUUCUGAUAUUGCGAUUAAUCCGAAAUUCUUCGUAAAAGUUCAGAAAUCCUUGCUCUUCAAGGACUUUUUCCUAGCACUAAUUGCCGAGGCCUUGAACGAUAAAUAUAAUGUACAAAUCAAAGUUGAAAAAUCGAUUAUAUUGCAAAAUAGAAAAUUUAUCGGUACACUUGUGCAACAUCGUGUACGCAAUAAUGAUGUGAAAACCGUUAUAAACUCAUAUAAACAACCAAGUGAGGAGGAUAAAAAGAAGUUAGCUCAAUUAGAGGGCGCGAAUGCGAUUGGGGGCGGUAAGAAAGCGCCUUUAGUUCAGGAGAUCAACGCCAAUGAGUUGAAUGUAUUGAAACAGAAAUCGGAAGAGAUCAAACAAAACUCAACAAAUAUUAAACAGGCGAUUUCCCUGGCCGGUUCCUCUGUGCCGGAAUUCAAAUUGCGUGCCAAGUUGUGUGAGGAGGAAGUGGAGGAAAUACAUGCCGAAUUCUACCUGCCGAAAUGUAUCUCCUCAAAUGAAAUCACCUUGGAUAUUGGUGAAGAUCGUAUUUUAUUGGAAUCAAUGAAACGUGGCUAUAUGUUCGAUAAAUUCGUUAAUUAUCGAUUAAAUCAAGAACGUGCACGUGCUAUCUUUGAUAAAACUAAUAAAAUGCUUCAAGUCCGUAUUCCAGUAUAUCCAGUGCAUUGAUGAGAUUUUUUAUUGUUUUUAAUAUAAAUACAUACUUAUAUAACUGAGUUAAAACUGUUUGCAGCUAUGAAAUUGUAAAUAAAUUUGGUUUUGGGGAAUA